CGGCGGGCUGAGACCGGUUUCAGGCUGGCGGCUGUGUAGCCCCGGUCUGCGCAUGCCCGAAAACGCGCCGGAUAAAAUUCCGUGCGCGGCACCACCCGGGCCGCCAUAUUUGGGUUACGGGAGCUCGCGAAAGACAAACUCCCUCUCGCUUUUCCACUGUCAGUUUGUCCCUCGGAGUGAGGCAAAUCCUGAGAGAGGCGCUAAAUCUAGGUCCAAGGUGGAGAGCGGCUCAGGUUAGAGAGAAGGGAAUAACUACGACAUGCCCGGGGUUGCGGUUGAGAACCUCACACGCGAGCGGGGCGGUGGCCGAAGUCGCUGAGGGACUGGCGGAUUCGCGCCGAAGUUCAAUUGGGCGAUGCCAAUUUAAGCGUGUGACGAGGGUAGGAACUGAGAUUUAGAAGGUACCAUUCGGCGGAGGCCGGGCGAGUGUGGGAACCUGAAGGGAGCGGACAGUCGCCCACAGCCCCACUUCUCAGCUGAUCCCUCUCAGGCCAUGAGCGGUCUAGUGCGCACCGAGCCGCUGCCCGGCGAGACCCCUCUGCUGGUGCCCGGCGACCCCUACUCUGUGGUGGUUCUGCUGCAAGGCUACGCGGAGCCUGAGGGGGUCGGCGACGCCGUGCGAGCCGACGGCUCCGUGACCCUUGUCCUGCCCCAGGCCUGGGGCCGGGCCUCCAGCCACCGAGAGCCCCAGCCUUACGAGGCGAAGACCGCCCUAGAGGAGGCGGCCCGGGGCCCCAUCCUCGUGGACACCGCGGGCCCCUGGGCUCGCGAGGCGCUCCUGGGGGCCCUGGCGGGGCAGGGCGUGGCUCCCGGAGACGUGACUCUGGUGGUGGGGACCCACGGACACUCGGACCACAUCGGGAACCUGGGGCUGUUUCCCGGGGCGGCCCUGCUGGUCUCGCACGACUUCUGCCUCCCCGGGGGCCGUUACCUCCCCCAUGGACUGGGUGAGGAGCGGCCUUUGCGGUUGGGGCCGGGACUCGAGGUGUGGGCCACACCCGGCCACGGUGGCCAGCGGGACGUGAGCGUGCUGGUGGCUGGCACGGCCCUGGGAACCGUCAUGGUAGUGGGCGAUGUGUUUGAACGUGAUGGGGAUGAGGGCUCGUGGCAGGCGCUGAGCGAAGACCCAGUGGCCCAGAAGCACAGCCGAAAGCGGGUCCUGGGCGCUGCCGACGUGGUCGUGCCUGGUCACGGAGCCCCCUUUAGGGUGAUAAGGGAAGCCUCGGCGCCAGAGACAGAGCCAGCCAGAUCUCGUGACGGAGAGGAGCCCACGGUGCACGGAUAAAACCCAGUCUUGACUGGAUCCUUUUCAGUGAUCCCAUCUCCCACCCCCCAACCGAGGAACUGAACGUCCAAGAGACAAGAUGGCGUGUCAUAGUAGUCAUGGGCAGUCCCUUCCGGGAGGCCAGUUUUCCAGUGAGGACAGAGUGCUUCCGGGAGGCCAGUUUUCCAGUGAGGACAGAGUGCUUCCGGGAGGCCAGUUUUCCAGUGAGGACAGAGUGCUUCCGGGAGGCCAGUUUUCCAGUGAGGACACAGUGCUUCCGGGAGGCCAGUUUUCCAGUGAGGACACAGUGCUUCCGGGAGGCCAGUUUUCCAGUGAGGACACAGUGCUUCCGGGAGGCCAGUUUUCCAGUGAGGACACAGUGCUUCCGGGAGGCCAGUUUUCCAGUGAGGACAGAGUGCUUUUGCCACAGCUGUCACCAGUAUCAUUGUUUCUCUGACCAAACUAGGACCAAGGACUCAGCUCUGUGUCAUCUCUCAGCCGUCAUUAGUAAAAUAGAAUGUUUUGGGGAGUCUUCCAAAAUAAAGGUAGAAACUGCAUUGAAAACCAUACUGCCCUUCAAAUAUAUUCCAAUUAAAAGAAUUUUUUAAAGGAAAGAAAAUCAUACUGCCCUAGUGUAAACGUGAGUGCCUCAGGUGGCGCAAUGGUAAAGAAUCUGCCUGCCAGUGCAGGGGAUGCAGGAGACUUGGAUUGGAUCCCUGGGUCAGAAAGAUGCCCUGGAGUAGGAAAUGGCAGCCCACUCCAGUAUUCUUGCCUGGAAAGUUCCAUGGACAGCAGACUGGCAGGCUACAGUCCAUGGGGCUCAACAAGUUGGACACAACUGAACAUGCACACAUAACAUAAAAGUGAAGCAUCCAUAGUGAUUAUUAUGCAGAUAUAAUCCAACAAGUGCAACAAGGGGACACUUAGGCAAUACAUUGCCUGUUUCUCAGAGGAGGCAGUUUGCUGUGAGAAGGUGCAGGGCAGAGAGAGAUCAUUGGAGUCAUGUGACUUUAAGUUGUCAUUCAUUUGUUCAAUGAAUGCUUGUUAACAUACCUGCAGUAUCUCAAGCAUGGCUCGAGCUCUCAGGGGUAUAGCAGUGAGCAAUCAGACAAACUCAAGGAGACAGGUAAACAACAAUAGUAGUAAGCCAAAUAAUUCCAGGUUCUGGUUAGUGAUAUGAACAAAUGGGGUGAGAAGGGGAUAGAGUGCUGGGGUGGGAGAAUGGUCAGGAAAAGCCUCUGGGAGGUGGUGCCUGAUGAGAGAACUGAAUGAGAAAAAGCUGGCCAUGUGGGAGAGGGGCAUUCCAGGCACAGAUAUAAAGGCCCCAGGCAAGCUUGACUGACUUGAGCAGUAAGAAGACCUUGAGGUUGGGUUACAGAGCGUGGGGGAAGAGCAGUAAAAAAUGAGGCUGCAGAGUUCGGCAGCACCAUUUUGCAGGGCCUUGGUGACCAUGGUGAGAGGUUUUGAUUUUGUACUGAGAUUGAAAGCUUUGGCUUUAUACUGACACACAAGACCAGGUUGUUGACCUGGUCAUUUAUGUUUUAAAAUAAUCACUCUUGUUCUGAGUGGAGAAGGGGUUGGAGUGGGGCAACAACUAGGUUGAAAGCCAUUGUGGUUGAACGUUAUGGCACUUGCCUUUAUUCCAGAAGUCCUGUUGUGGCUGUGAUCCUCCUCAUAACUGUGUCCCAGUACCAGGGCCCUCUGUCCACACAGCCCAACAUGGACAGAAGUGUUUAGAUUGGGGAGAGGAAGGAAAGGACAAAGUCCACUUCAUUGUGGAUGAUGAACCUCCCUGGGUGGAUGCUGUUGGGGAAGACUAGGCUGGAGGUCAUUUCUCAGGUGUCCACAAAGCCCACAUGGUCCGCAAAGGCAGCUCAGGAGAACCAGUUCACCUGGAGGGCGUUCCAGUCGCUGCCAUACACCGACUUGUAUUCUGUGUUGGCCAGUUUGAUGACCACCAGAGUGCGGGGCUCCUGGGCCAGCAGUGCAGCCGCAGCAGCCCCAGUCCCCAAUUUCAUGGGCCACCAGUUGUCAUGAGGCUGCUGGUAUGUGGAGGGAACACAGGGGCCAGCUGUGUGCACACCGGUGCAGCACUAUACCCUGAGUGGUGUCCAUGGCCAUCGGAGGACUCAUCUGAUGCACGGUAUGCAAUUGCACUAGCUUCAGGGCUGCAUGGGAGGAUGAGAAAGGAGGGGACGGGUUUUUUUUAGAACUGUGUGCUCAAGUUUUACAGGUAAAAGUUCCGGCCUUGAAUUAUUUUCUGGAGCAUAGGUAUCCUGCCCUUGAUUCAGGGCUGGUCACCCAGAGCAACACAUCCCUUUGGCCACGUCGAUUGUCUCCAGGAUGGACGGGUCACCUACUAAAUCUUAGUAAUCUUAGUGGUUUUGCUGGAUCUAGGAGGGAAAAGUCCCGUUCUUUCCUGCAAGACUGACAAGGGGAGAAUGAGGCAUCUUGCCUCCUUGGAGGAGCCCACUGCUGCUGGGGCCACCAAAGAGGGAUUGAAAAUGAAGCUGAACGGUAGGGGGCAGAAGUGGGCAGUGAAGAGAAACAGACUAGAUGACCAGUGAGAGCAGUGGAAGCCAGAUCUGCUGCUUAACUCAUCAGUCACCUGGGCUAAUCAACUCCUUUCCUGCCUAAGCUGUCCUGUGUUUAAAGUUGUUUACAAGAUGAGUCUUGAAUGGAUACAAACACUGAUGGAAAUGAACCCUUAGAGACAGGCAGUGAGGACGGUGUGGGGAGGGGGCUGACGGUCGAGGGAAAAAGUGCUAAAGAUAUUAGGGGUUUGGGCCCAGAGUGACUGUUCUUUUCAAACUUUUUUUGUGAAAACUUAGGAAAACUUGACCUAUAUGAUUAACUGCCUCUGCUCACAAAUCAAUGGCAGACAUUGGCUACAGAAUAAUCCAAAUUUUCUUGCCUGGUUCUCUCCAAGAAUAACUCUCUGCUCCAGUUUGGCUGACGGCCUGCUGCCUUCCAGACACCCACAUCCACCUCUCCUACAGGCCUUUGAUUCUCUUCCCACCCACCGCCCCCACCCUCCAGUCCUCUUGCUCUUCUGCACCAAUCUCAAACACCCACCAUUCGCAAACACCCAGGCUCAGCUUUCUCAUCUCCUACAGAAAACCUCCCCUGAAUUUGCCAACCUUAUUUUAAACUCUAGCAGUGCUUUCUCUGUAUUGUUCACUUAGCAUUAGGUAAUACCUGGUGUUGGUCAUUAUUUCUGGAAAUGUCCUCUCCAUGUUGUGUCCCUUGGGAGCAGAAGCUGCAAGGCCACAUGAGGUCUAGGCUGAGAAAUUGUACAUCACUUACAUCACAUUCUGUUGACCAAAGCAUGUCACAAGGCCAGCCCAGAUUCAGGCAUGAGGAAAUAGCCUUUCCGUCUUGAUAGAAGCAGCUGUAAGGAAUUUGUGGCCAUUUUUUCUGUUGCAACGUAUCACCAUAGGUUAGUUGGUGAUAGCAAGUCCCCCUUCUUUUGAGGGUGUGUGUAUGUGUGGUUAUUCUAGUUCUAUUUUUAUUUUUUAAGUUUUAAAAUUGAAUUCUAGUUAAUUUAUAAUAUAUUAGUUUCAGGUAUACAACAUAAUGAUUCAGUAUUUUUAUAAAUUGUACUCCAUUUAAGGUUAUUAAAAUGGCUGUAUUCGUCUGUGCUGUGCAGUA